AUGAUCGAUAAUACCGAGAAAAAAGACACUUCAAUCACUUACGUUGAAGAUAUCAAAAACAUUGAUUCCAAUCCUAUCAAAGAUGCUGCUAUUGUAGAGGUUGGUAGCGAGAAGGACUUCAAGUCUGAUCUCCCAUUACAAGAUGCUCUCGCUGCUAGUGAAGAGAAAGUUCCAAUUUUUGAGAGUCGUGACAGAAUCCCAGAAUCCUUAAAAAGUCUGUCCAGAGAAGAUCUAGAGAUCUUAGAUAAGAAGACAACAAGAAAAAUGGAUCUCAGAAUCCUGAUUAUGGUUUGCUGGAUUUACAUCUGCAACUACUUGGACAGAACCAAUAUUGCUUCCGCGAGAUUGGGUGGUCUUGAAGAUGACUUGAAGCUAACCUCAACUCAAUACCAGACAGCCAUUUCUGUGCUUUUCGUCGGUUAUAUUACAAUGCAGAUACCAUUUAACAUCGUCCUGAACCGUUUGGGUAAACCAUCACUCUUUAUCUCCGUGAUCAUGACUGUAUGGGGUAUUAUUUCAACAGCCACUGGUGGUGUUCAAAGUUAUGGGGGCCUCAUUGCUGUGAGAGUUCUUCUGGGUUUCGUCGAGUCUGGUUUCUUCGGUUGCUGUCUAUACUACUUGUCCUGUUGGUACACCAAGAGAGAGUUGGGGCUCAGAAACUCUAUUCUUUACUCCGGAUCCUUGAUCAGUGGCGCUUUUAGUGCUCUUAUCUCUAUGGGAAUCAUCAAGGGUAUGGAUGGCGUCAAAGGAUUGAGAGCUUGGCGUUGGUGUUUCAUUAUUGAAGGUGCAAUCACUGUGGCAACCGUUCCAUUGGCCUACUUUAUCUUGCCUGAUAAUCCUUCGAACACUAAGUUCCUAUCCCAACAGGAGAAGGACCUGGUUAUGUGGAAGUUGAGAAUGGAUGUCGGUGACUCCGAUGACGAUAAAGAAGUCCUUGGAGAAGGUCAGGACGGCCAUAACUCAUUCAGAUUUGCUCUAAGGUUAGCUAUGGGGGAUAUUAAGGUCUGGUUACUAACUGGUUGUUUUUCAUUCCUAGUUGCUGCUUGUGGUGUCACUAACUUUUUCCCCUCCGUUGUCAAGACUUUGGAGUUCGACAAAAUGGUGACCUUGUGUCUGACAGCCCCACCUUAUUGUAUUGCAGUGGUAACCACUUUCAUCUGGUCUUGGCAUUCAGACCGUACGGGCGAGAGGUUUUGGCACAUUGUCGCGCCACUGAUCUUGGCCUUCAUCUCAUUCAUAAUUGCCGUCUCGUCUCUUAACACUGUGGCGCGUUACAUUGCAAUGUGUUUGAUGCCUACUGGUCUGUAUUGCCCAUUCAUUUUAAUCAUUUCAUGUAUGUCGAUUUGCGUACCAAGACCACCAUUAAAGAGAGCAAUUGCUUUAUCUCUCAUGAACUGUCUAGCCAACUCGACGUCUAUUUGGAAUGCUUAUCUAUACCCAGAGGACAACGCUCCUCGUUAUGCCAUUGCAAUGGCAUGUAACUGUGCUUUUAUUGGGAUUGCCGUGCUAUUCAUAUUCUUGUUGAGACUUUACUUGGCAAGAUUAAACAAGAAGAUCGCCAACGGUACUAUGAAUUGGUUCAAUGAGUUUGGAAAUGACGGAUCGCAUGUGAAACCCGAUUUCAGGUUCACGAUAUAG